UUUAAAUAGCAUGCUCUACUUUAAAUUACUGAGACUCCUUUAUUUCUCCUUUUUAUGUGCAAUUUCACUGUUCACACUCUUAGGGACGCUGUUGACCGUCUCUUGUUGUUGAGAAGAGACCAUCAGCAGUUCCUCCCUCAUCAUUUCAUUUGGUGAAAGAGAGAACAAGGCGCAGUACACGACAGGAAGAUCACAAUAUGUGCAGAUUUCGUUUGACAUUGUAAACGGAUAUUAACUUUUACAGACUGGGGGUGUAAAAGGAUUAUCUCCCCGAAGAAAAUUUCAAACGUUAAAGGAAUAUAUCGUGGCCUAUUUUUGGGAGAGACCUACCCGACAGAACAAUGAGACGGCAGAUGCUCCUUUUUUUCUCGAUCGUAUAUUUCAGUUCUGCGUCCGGACAGGCGAGCUACUCGGUUCCAGAAGAAAUGCCACGGGGAUCCUUUAUAGGUGAUGUUGUGCAGGAUUUAGGUUUAGAUGUGAAGAGAUUCCAAAUGGGGAAAGCUCGUAUCUAUAGUGGAGACAGCGCGGAGUUGGUGGAAUUGAAUAAAGAAAGAGGAGUCCUCCUGGUUAAGCAGAGAAUAGACAGAGAGGCGAUCUGCGCGCAGACGACGCCCUGCGCUUUGCAUUUUCAGAUUAUUCUGGAGAAUCCGAUGGAAUUUUACAGCAUAACCCUCGAGGUUACAGACGUGAAUGACAACGCCCCCCAUUUUAACAGAGGUGAGAUGAAAUUUAAUAUCAGCGAGUCAGUUGCGUCGGGAGCCGUGUUUUUACUGCAGCAAGCAAAAGAUCUGGACGUGGGUGUGAACGGCCUUCAAACGUAUUUGUUAAAACCAAGUGAUAAUUUUGCAUUAAGACUGCAAAAUCAAGCGGAUGGGAGCAAAAUGGUGGAAAUGGUUUUGCAGAAACCGUUAGAUCGAGAAAAACAAGAUCAUUUGUCUCUCGUAUUAACUGCAGGGGACGGAGGAGCGCCGCAGCUCUCUGGCACUGUGAAGAUCAAAGUAAAUGUGCUUGAUAUUAAUGAUAACGCUCCGGUUUUUACGCAGAAAAUCUACAAAUCCACCUUAAAAGAAAACUCACUGUCGGGAACGCAUGUAGUGACGGUUAGUGCGUUUGACGCAGAUGAAGGUUCCAACAGUAAAAUAUCAUAUGGAAUAAUGAAUUUACUCGAUGUGUCCGACUUAUUUGACAUAAACAGAGAGAGUGGUAAAGUUACACUGAUCGGACAGACGGACUUUGAAAAAAAGCGACAAUAUCAAAUUUAUGUACAAGCCAGCGACGGAGGAUUAACUGAUUCGUGUAAAAUUAUUGUGGAAAUAACAGACACAAACGACAACUCUCCUGUUAUAAAUGUCAUAUCAAUGUCAAGUGCGAUUAAAGAGGAUGUGCCAGCGAGGACUGUGGUGUCUAUGAUAAAUGUUCAAGAUCCAGACUCAGACAAAAAUGGCAAAGUUCACUGUUAUAUUAAUGAGAACAUUCCAUUUACUAUUUCAUCAACCUCAAACAAUUUCUUCAGUUUAACGACAAAUGGCGAUUUAGACAGAGAGAGAUCCUCUGAGUAUAACAUCACAGUGACCUGCUCUGAUGAGGGAGUGCCCUCCCUCUCCAGCAGCGUCACUCUGACCUUACAGAUCUCAGAUGUGAAUGAUAACGCGCCUGUCUUUGAGAAGAGCUCAUAUGAGGCCUACGUUGUAGAAAACAACACACCAGGCCUCUCUAUAUUCACAGUGAAAGCCACAGACGCUGACUGGAACCAGAACGCGCACGUUUCUUACAUACUGGAGGACUCCUCUGUUAACGGAGUGUCCGUCUCCUCAUAUGUGUCAGUUAGUGCUGAUAGUGGAGUCAUCCACGCAGUGCACUCUUUGGACUACGAGCAGAUCAAGGACUUCCAGUUCCACGUCAAAGCGCAGGAUGGAGGCUCCCCUCCACUCAGUAGUAACGUGACUGUGAAAAUAGUGAUCCAGGACCAGAACGACAACGCCCCUCAGGUUCUGUACCCGGUCCAGACUGGAGGCUCUGUGGUGGCUGAGAUGGUUCCUCGUUCAGCAGAUGUGGGCUAUCUGGUAACUAAAGUGGUGGCUGUUGAUGUGGACUCUGGUCAGAAUGCCUGGCUCUCCUAUAAACUGCAGAAAGCCACAGACAGGGCGCUGUUUGAAGUGGGUUUACAGAAUGGAGAAAUAAGAACUAUCCGCCAAGUCACUGAUAAAGAUGCUGUCAAACAAAGACUGACUGUGUUUGUGGAGGACAACGGGCAGCCCUCUCGUUCAGCUACAGUCAUUGUUAAUGUGGCAGUGGCGGACAGCUACCCUGAAGUGCUGUCAGAGUUCACUGACUUUACGCACGACAAGGAGUACAAUGACAACCUGACUUUUUACUUAGUGCUGGCUUUGGCUGUAGUUUCCUUUCUCUUCAUCACGUGUUUAGUGGUUAUUAUAUCAGUGAAAAUCUACAGAUGGAGACAGUCUCACAUCCUGUAUCACUCCAGUCUCCCGGUGAUUCCAUAUUAUCCACCACGUUACUCAGACACUUUGGGGACAAGGACUCUGCCACACAUGUACAACUACGAGGUGUGCAGGACGACUGACUCCAGAAAGAGUGACUGUAAGUUCGGCACAGCUGGUAGUCAGAAUGUGCUGAUAAUGGACCCCAGUUCUACAGGAACAAUGCAAAGGAUACAGAGUGAAAAGAACAUCCUCGAUGAACCAGAUUCUCCUUUAGAGGUUAGUCAUUUACGUUUUCUUCUCACCCCUAAACCUAUUUCAUAUGUGGCAGUCACAUUUGGAAAACAGCAGUUUUGUUGUCCUUCUGCAGUCAGCACCUUGGACAGUGGUAUAGUAGUGUUUUCCCGUCUGUUUUUGGAGUGA